CUGGCUUGCAUCAGUAUACAGUGCAAGGUUGCGGUCGUUUUGGGGUCGCUUCAAUCAGCAUAGCUCGCUGGGGACGACGCCGGCAAACCACACGAACGCUACGUGCGCAUUGCACACCACACACUAAGCGCUGCAAGGCAGUGCUGCAAAAGACAAGAGCAAGCUACGCCAUCGAUGCGACGCGCGCUCACAUUACUCACCAAGCGCGGCAUGGCAGCGACGAAGACGCACUACGACCGCGUCGCGGCGAGCUACCACGACGCCUACUUCUACAGCGACGCUUAUGAAAUGUGGCAGCGCGACGAGGUGCUGCAGCGCUUGGAACUGCGGCCGCACCACCGCGUCGCCGACGUUGGCGGCGGCACGGGUCGCUUCGUCGGCCUCCUCAAGGACGCCGCGGGGCUUUCUACAAAACCGAUAUGUGUGGACCCGAGCGCUGCGAUGCUCGAAGCUUGUGAACGCAAAGACGUCGCCUUUGUGCAGAGCGACGCCCGCGCCUACGUCGACGGCCUGCCACCGAAGGCGCUGGACCGCGUUUUACUGAAGGAGGUCGUCCACCACUUUGGUGAUGACGAGCUCGCGUCGAUCUGCGCCGGGCUCCACAAAGCCUUGGAUGGGAACGGCCGCGUGGUCGUCUGCACGCGGCCGCGCGACGACGUCGAGUACCCGUUCUUCGAGGCCGCGCGCGACGUCUGGCGUGCGGCGCAGCCGUCCGCGGACCACUUCGUCGACGCCUUCGAGAAGCACGGGUUUUCAUGCCGCGUGGACGUCGCGGCUUAUCCAGCGGUGAUUGACCGGGAGGUCUGGCUCGGGAUGAUGCGGAAUAGGUUUUGGUCGACCUUCGCCGGCUUCUCCGACGGGGAGCUGGCCGCGGGCGUCGCCGAGGUCGCGGCGGCGCAUCCGCCGGGGCCCACCGCCUUCGAGGAGCGGGUCGUGUUCAUCGUGGCGGACGCCGUGUGAUCUCUGUUGUGCGUGUAAGAGGGCAUGUUACGCUAUGGACACAGAGAAGGAGGGGGGUCGGCCUUCGUGCCGAUCUAAGGAUGGGAGCCUAGCACGCCGGAUAGCACUUGCAGCACGUCGUCGUAUGAGGCGCGUUGGGGAACUUCUGGCACAGGUCCGUGCAGUCCGUGAGGCCGUUGAUCCCCUUCGCGCAGCGAGCCUUGGGGACCUGCGCGCAAAUCAACCCGUGAGUCGGGCCACGUAAAAUUUUGAUUUCCACACACAGUUGGGGACGGGAAUCGGAGGCUGGCCCGGCGGGGAGUAAAACGCCCGCGGCCGCCCGG